AACCGUUUACAACAGGCGAGUAAGGGUGAGAAUCGGUAAGACAUAUGAACUUGGACAUUUGGCCUUUAACUUCAUUUUUACUUUGCCAACUCACUUUGGAACUUGAACUUAAUGGUUUGUAGCUCUAAGGUCACUUAAUGGGCACUUAUAAAGAGAGGGUAAACGAUUGUACGACCAUGAGUAGUAGGAGAAGUAACUUAAUUCAUAUUAUAAAUGUAUUCACUUUGGUUACAACCUUUCACAAGUUUCCUCCACCAAUAAACACAUGCUAAAUGCAUCAUAGGCCCUACUACAAAAGAAAAGAGUUCUAAUCAAAAGUCCAAACUAACCUUCUCCUCAGUCAAUACCUAACAAAACAUACUAAAUUCAUUCCUAACUCAUUCACCUCCAGAAGCAAUUUAAUAUAACUUCAUAACUCUUAUAUGAAAACGUCACAAUAGGUUAAAGUAAGUGUUCGUCUUCACCCUAAAACUCUCAUAGCAACAAAAACAUUGGAAACAUAGUGUAAAUGCCACACUAGUAUCUUGAUUCUUCUUGUGUUUUUCUUAAGUGUCUUUACUAGAUUACAAAUUUACCGUUACUUUGACAUAAACAAACAAGAUUGGUAUUUAGAUGCAUUUCGGACAUCACUCAUUUUUAUGCAUUUCACUUUUAUCUCACACGUAAAAACAACAAUUAAAAUAUUUCAAGGAAAAAAUAAUCACAAUGUACCAAACACAAUUUGGAUCACAUUGGCCAAACCUGAAUGAAAAUGAAAAUUGGUGAAUUGAUAGAUUAAUUGUAAUAAGUUUUAAUCCCAAAUGUAAUUGUUUAGACGUCUUUUCAUCGAAUUUACUUAAAAUUAUGAAUUUUUUCAAAUUUACUAUUAAUGGUACUUCUACCUCUACCUCUUCAUUUAAGGGUCAAGCGGAUGACGAUAACGAUGGUAUAGAAAAGAUGUAAACAGCAAUAAUAAUGUUUGUACUUAUCAUAACAUUAACGAUAACAAUAACUCUCAGAUUGCAUUAUAUUUCAUUACAAAACUAGACGUGGACCUUCAUAUGUCAGAACACAAAUAAACAACACCAGAAAGAAUCGGAUAGGAUUCAGUUAUUUUUAUUAUUUAUUUACAUUGAUCUCUUAGGAUUACCCUAAAAUAACAUAAGCGUCAUGAAUUGAUAAAUGACGUCCGAAAUGCACAACAAACCGAUGAAGAUUGUUGUAAGGUUACGGUAAAAUGAAUAGGAAUCACAAGAUAAGCGCGUGGGGGUUAGAAAGUUAGGGGGCCUUGAAGUCCAUCGAACCCACCCUCUCUCUCACACGCCAUCGCAACAAAAAUAACACCAAACCAAAACCUCGUGAACCCAAAUACCAAACAAAAACAAACCCACCAUCUCUCUCUCUCUCUCUCUCUUUCUUUUUCUCUUCUCCCUUUUUCUCUCUCCUCCAUGGAUCCUCGCAACGACGCCGUUUUCCCCGACGAAGACCUCGAAGACGACGAGGAAUCUCUCGACGACGACGACGACGACGAGGAAGAGGAAGAAUUGAACGACGAACCUUCUCCUUCGACUUCCUCCGCGGGCGCCCUUCCUGUCCCUUCCGUCUCCGCUACCGUCACCAUCGCCACUCCCCCGGCUGUCUCCGUUGUUCCUCCUCCUUCGAUCGUUUCAAUCUCCUCAGCCGAUCUGAUUCGCCAGCGUCUCGAAACUGCUACCGCGGAGCCUUUGACCUUACAGGGAGAGAAGAAGCCUUUGGAUGAGUCCAGGAAGUUGUUUCAACGUCUUUGGACCGAUGAGGAUGAGAUCGAGCUGUUGCAAGGGUUUUUAGAUUAUACGAUGCAGCGUGGUACGACUCAUCAUCAUCAGAAUGAUACCGCGUUGUUUUAUGACCAGAUCAAGUCUAAAUUACAGUUGGAUUUUAACAAGAAUCAGCUUGUGGAGAAGCUUCGGAGGUUGAAGAAGAAAUAUCGUAACGUUAUUGGUAAGAUUAGCUCUGGUAAGGACUUUAAUUUUAAAAGCCCUCACGAUCAAGCUACGUUUGAGAUCUCUCGCAAGAUCUGGAGUAAUACUGGCCGAAUUGGUGUUGACGACAACGCUUUGGAUGACGAUGAGCCUGCUCCCACUCCUUAUGCUAGCUACAUGGAUCAUAGAAACGAAGAAAUGAUGGCGAAUUGUGCAGAGAAGAAACCGACGCCUACUCCGAAAUCCCGGAAGCGUUCAAGGCCUGGAUCGGGAAUUAGAAUGGAAGCGCCUCGUUCUUCCCAUGAGAAUUUGAAUAAAGAGAAGAAUAGUAUCUACCACCACCACCACAACAACAGCAACGCCAACAACAACGCCAACAACAACGAAAAUGUCAAUAACGUAGCGGUAGCUGGCUUGAUCGAGGAGACGGUGAAGAGCUGCUUGUCGCCAUUGUUUAAGGAAUUGUUGAACACUUCCAUGGGAGGUGGGCUCUGUGGAGGCAGAGGGUUUAGUGGAUUAGCUUUGCAUCCAAUUCCAUUGAACUUCAGUGGAGCUUCCAUGAAUUUCAGUGGUGGAUUAGAAAUGGCGGAUGAGAGGUGGAGGAAGCAGCAGAUUUUGGAACUGGAGGUUUAUUCAAAGAGGUUGGAGUUGGUUCAGGAACAAAUUAAGACGGCAUUAGAAGAUUUGAGGAAAGUUUGAAACUUUGAAGAAUUGGGUAUUAUUUGUAAGUGCUUUGGCUUUCUCUUUUCUCUUUCUCCUUUUUAGUUCUUGAUAAAUGUUUGAUCUGCGGUUGAUAGUGUACUUAGUGGCAUCCUUUGGUUAAUUUGGUAGAAUAAUUGUAAAAAUGAAUUUAUAAUAAAACCACUCAUUUACAAUGUGUUGAUAUAACAUAGUUUUUUGACUCAUGAAAUCCAUUAAAUCAUUGCCACCA